ACCGGAAGUGACGCAUUACGUGCCCACGUUUUCCCGCCCAACUCUUCGCCACUAGUUUGGUGGUGGGAGCUGAGGCAACUGCGGUGACCGCGGCAACGGUGAAGUAACCAUGCAGGCAUUUCUAAAAGGCGCAUCUAUCAGUACUAAACCGACAUUGACCAAGGAUCGAGGAGUACCUGUCACUGCAGGAAGCAGUGGAGAAAACAAGAAAGCCAAACCUGUUCCGUGGGUGGAAAAAUAUCGCCCAAAAUGUGUGGAUGAGGUUGCUUUCCAGGAAGAAGUGGUUGCUGUGCUGAAAAAGUCUUUAGAAGGAGCUGACCUCCCUAAUCUCUUGUUUUAUGGGCCACCUGGAACUGGAAAAACAUCCACUAUUUUGGCAGCAGCUAGGGAACUCUUUGGGCCUGAACUUUUUCGAUUAAGAGUUCUUGAAUUAAAUGCAUCGGAUGAACGUGGAAUACAAGUAGUUCGAGAAAAAGUGAAGAAUUUUGCUCAGUUAACUGUGUCAGGAAGUCGUUCAGAUGGUAAGCCAUGUCCUCCUUUUAAGAUUGUAAUUCUGGAUGAAGCGGAUUCCAUGACUUCAGCUGCUCAGGCAGCUUUAAGACGUACCAUGGAAAAAGAGUCUAAAACCACCAGAUUCUGUCUCAUCUGUAACUAUGUCAGUCGAAUAAUUGAACCUCUAACCUCUAGAUGUUCCAAAUUUCGCUUCAAACCUCUGUCAGAUAAAAUUCAACAACAGCGAUUACUAGACAUUGCUGAGAAGGAAAAGGUCAUAAUUAGCAAUGAGGGAAUAGCUUAUCUUGUUAAAGUAUCAGAAGGAGACUUAAGAAAAGCUAUUACAUUUCUUCAAAGUGCUACUCGAUUAACAGGUGGAAAGGAGAUCACAGAGAAGGUGAUCACAGAUAUUGCUGGGGUAAUACCAGCGGAGACAAUUGACAGAAUUUUUAACUCAUGUCAGAGUGGCUCUUUUGACAAAUUAGAAGUUGUUGUAAAGGAGGUGAUAGAUGAGGGUCACACAGCAACUCAACUUGUAAACCAACUUCAUGAUGUAGUUGUAGAAAAUAACCUUUCUGAUAAACAGAAAUCCAUCAUCACAGAAAAACUUGCUGAAGUGGAUAAAUGCUUAGCAGAUGGUGCUGAUGAACAUCUGCAGUUGAUCAGCCUUUGCGCCACUGUGAUGCAACAGUUAAGUCAGAACUGUUAGCCUGAGUAACUUCGUCUAUUUUCUGUUUUGUAAAUAAAAGUAAUCAUAACUCCCUUAAA